UCAAAUAUAUGACUCAGGCCUUUGCUUUUGGGAAAAACACAAGGGAGAGAAGGAGAGAGAGAGAGAGAGGGGAAGCCUGCAUCUCUUCCACUUUUGUUCGUAUGUAACCUGGGAAGGAGUGAGAUUUGAUCCAAUCUUUUCUGGGUCUUAAAGAUAAGAACCAACUGUUAACGAAUUAUUCACUUAUAAAGUUUCAAACGCAAGUAUUUUGUUUUUUUCAGAGAGAGAGAGAGAUUAGAAAAGAAAGAAGGAAAACAUGUUGGAAGGAAAAGCUUUGGUGGAAGACACAGACAUGCCUUUGAGGAUGCAGAUCCAAGCUAUGUCUUCUGCGUCUCAAGCUUUGGAUCUCUAUGAUGUCCUGGACUGCAAAUCCAUUGCUGGUUAUAUCAAAAAGGAGUUUGACAGCAAAUAUGGGAAUGGAUGGCAAUGUGUGGUGGGUUCAAAUUUCGGGUGUUUCUUCACUCAUUCUAAAGGGACCUUCAUCUACUUUACAUUGGAAAGACUCAAGUUCCUUAUCUUCAAAGGGGCUUCCUCUUCUAACUCUCCCUGAUGCCAAGGCGGUGUUUCAUACUUGGUUGUAGUGUUGUACAGGCAAAAAGCCCAAGAGGAAAGUCGGAGGGGUAAAAGUGUAGUGAAGUUGCUUUAUCUGUUUUUCUUUUCUUUUCUUUUUUUUUUUGUAUAGAAUUCUAUACAGGGAAGGAAGGUAGGGCAGAGGAGUGAUAAGAAAGAGAAAAAAGAUGACAAGAGGCUCAGUAGUCAUAAAUAAAGCAUGAUCACAUGGGUCUUUUAGAUUUUUCCUGUGUGGUUUAAGAGAGCCUUUUUUGUUGUGAUUCUCUGAUGGGGCCAAUUAAAACUGUCCUCAUGUAUGUAUAAAUGAAAUGAUGAUAUAUACUGUUUGACA